AAGAAAUUGUUCGUAACACUUUUCACGUGCACUUUUGUAGAUGGCAAAAGUCCACACACCACGCAACAAAGAUCUCGCCCCUGGCAUAGGGAGGUACAGCAGAUCAGCUAUCUACAAAAAGAGGGCUCUGUACAAACGCAAAAAGACAGGAGUUAAGAAGGAAGUUGUUGAAGAACCAAAAACUAGAGUAAAGGAGGUUGGAGGGGACAAGAAUGGUUCCACAAGAGUAGUUCCAGUGAAGAGAGAGUCUCGCUACUAUCCAACUGAAGAUGUGCGACGACCUCUGAGGAACAGGCGAAAGGCUAAGCCCACUAAGUUGCGCACCUCUAUCACCCCUGGAACCAUUCUCAUUCUCCUUGCUGGACGUCAUCGAGGCAAGAGAGUGGUCUUCCUCAAGCAGCUUGCCUCAGGUCUUCUGCUAGUCACAGGACCUUACAAGGUGAAUGGUGUUCCUCUCAGAAGAGUGAACCAAGCUUAUGUCAUUGCCACCAGCACCCAGAUAGACCUGAGCAACUUCAAAUUACCCGAACGUCUGUCUGAUGACUUCUUCAAGAGAGAGCCAAGGAAGAAGAAACGAACAGAGGACAUGUUUGAAGAUGCUCAGGAGGAGAGGAAACCAAGUGAAGAGCGCAUUGAGGACCAAAAGACGGUUGAUGAGCAAAUCCUCCCAGAGAUCUCGAAAGAGGCACAUCUAAAGAAGUACCUGAAAACCUUGUUUUCCCUCCGAAAGGGACAGUACCCUCAUUCAAUGAAAUUCUGAGCUUGUUGGUGUAAAUUACAUGAAUAAAAGUUGGCAACUCAAACUUUUCACA